GUAAGUGGUACUCUAUUAUUGGCUCUUGAUAUUUGAGCCAAAAUUGUGAGCUUCAUUUCACACUAGGGUCUCUUGUCACUAAACUUGGCUACCUUGGUUUAUUUUUCAGUUCACUGCUAAGCCACUCUUGAAAAACAACCAGAAAACGUCAUCAAUGAUGAGGGGAAAUGGAAGAGAAAAGGUGGAGGCCUCUUGCAAUGGCAUUGUUCGUCGAAUGGUGAGCUUCCCUCGGAGCAUUUUAGGAGGAUUUUCAAGAGUAAUGGAUCAAGGAAUAGACUUGAUGAGAUUAGGAGUAGGAGGAAGAAGAAACCAACAACAUUUGCCUUCAAAUUUUCCUCUACCACAACUACCAGAGCCAGUAAUGGUUCAGGAAGAGUUCGCCUUUCUCGCGAAUUUUGAGCUGAAUUAUGGAACCAUGCACCCUUUCUUUUACGCUUGCCGGUUCAUGGAAGCUCUUAAGAUGGCUCAAGAAGAGAGAAAGUGUGUGUUCGUGUACCUUCAUGCACCAGAACACCCAUUCACACCCUCUUUCUGUUGGGAGACCUUGUGUUCAGAGGUGGUUAUACAGUUUCUUGAUGCAAACUUUGUUUGCUGGGGUGGACUUUCAGAUAAAGGAGAGGGUUUGCAGAUGGCUACCACGCUCCAGCCGGCCAGCUUCCCUUUUUGUGCGGUGGUGGCUCCAGUUUCCGGUGACAACUUAGCAGUGCUGCAACAGAUGGAAGGGCCAGUUACCCCAGCUGAAUUGGUGGAGAUACUACAGAGGACAAUGGAGGAGCAAGGAUCAGCAUUUAGUGGUGCAUGGGCCAAGGAGGAAGAGAAGAGAAGAGCCGAUCGCCAGUUAAGGGAAGAACAAGACACUGCAUAUCUUGCAGCUCUACAAAUAGAUAAGGAAAAAGACAGGCUCAAGAAUGCAACCUCAGAAGAAAGAGUUCAAAAGAAAGCUUCAAAUGUCACAAAAGAUGAAAAGUUUAAACAAAAUCCUAUACAAAAGCAAGAUGGUCAAGUAAGAGGGGGAACCACUGCUAGAGAAACUCCACAGAAAGAUAUUGCAAGCAAAGGAAAGGAUGUUCAGGUCACCAAGAUACAAAUACGGUUCCCAACUGGUGAAAGGAAGGAGCAAAGCUUCUCAUGCACAGACAAAGUUUCAGCAAUUUACAGAUACAUUGAUUCACUGGGCUUGACUGGAGGUGGAAGUUACAGAUUGGUAUCGAGCUUCCCUAGAAAAAUCUAUGAUGUACAGACGAUGGGAACCACUCUUAAAGAUGCUGGUCUCCAUCCCAAAGCAAGCCUGUUUCUAGAGCUUCUUUGACCAUGUAUUGAUUAAUGACAGACCUGUAUGAAAACAUCUAUGGCUACCUAUGGUCCGUAGCUUAUGUGGGUUUUAGGUAUGUAUACAUUAGUUCUGUGUCAAUUUUCUUUUCAGUUUGCAUCCUCUUCUCUCAUGUUUCAUUAUAUAGUUAUACUACGG